AUGGCGGAAGCCGCAGCCCAAACUGUUUUGGAGACGAUUAGCCAGGGCCAUCUGGAAUGUCCGAUCUGUUGUUGUCGAUUCAAGGAUCCCAAGAUACUGGACUGUCUGCAUAGCUUCUGCCUGAAGUGUCUGGAAGAGAUGAUGAGCAAACAUAAGUCAGAGGAGAUAACAUGUCCAGUCUGCAGGAGAGAGACGCAGGUUCCUGAUGGAGGAUUGCAGAUUCUUGCGUCCAGCUUCUUUAUGAUUUCUCUUGUCGAUGAAAUUAACAAACAAGAGAAGUUAUUUGGAAAGGUAACUAGUAGUGCGACGUGUGAAUCGUGCGAAGAAGGACAGGAGGCUGUAUCAAGAUGUCUUGACUGCAAGCAGAACAUCUGCAAGAAAUGCCAAGAGGCACACCAACGUAUGAAGUCACUCAAAGACCAUCGCAUUAUUCCAGCACAGGACUUGGAUAAUUCGAGGGUUUCACAAACAGGUCUUACAAAGAAUGUCACACCAAAAUGUAGAAAACAUGAUGACCAUGCCAUAUGUUUUCACUGUGAAACCUGUGAUAUGCUGAUUUGCUCAAAGUGUGCUGCAACGGAGCAUCGGUCAGUAGAGCAUAAUUUCAUUGAAAUUACCGAUUCAAUUACAUCAUUCCGGAAGAAUGUCACCGACAUCCUUCAGAUCUUUGAGGAAAGCAAAAAGAAGUUUGCAUCUACUGAACAAUCAUUCAAACAUGCUAGAAAGAUAUUACAAAGUAACGUGGCUCGAGCGUGUCGUGAUAUUUCGUCAAAAGCUGAAGAAGAGAUCGAACAAAUCAGAAAUAAGGCUGAACAUCUAAACACCAAAGUGAAGAAACUCGGUCAGGAGAGAGACAGUGAGUACGAAAAGGCGCUCAUGCACAACCGUGACCAGAUGGAACGCGCAGAUCAGAUCGUCACGGCAGUAAAUGACUUGAUGAAACAAACCGAUGAUUUCGAGCUUUUGGGGCUCAAGCCGAAGGUGAUGCACAACUUGGAAUUCGAGAAGGAACUCAAGUGUGAACCGGUGAAUAUUGAUAUGGCGUUCAUAGGGGUCAAAUGCCAAGAUGUCGUCAGCAACACGGAUCUGGGGGAAAUAUUGCUCAGAGAGAAAUGGCGGUUGAAGGAAGAGUUUGGCCAGGAAGGCACUGCCGACGGGGAAUUCCAGUGGGCCAAUGAUGUUGCAUGUUUCAAAAACGGAGAUAUCGUUGUAACUGAUACAAAGCAGAAACGUCUAUCUUUAUUUACCUCCAACGGGCAGUUCAAAACAUCGGUUGAUCAAGGAGCUGAUAGCAAUCAGUUGGAAGCUCCUUGUGGAGUUGCGGUUAACCAUGAUGAUCUGGUUUUCGUCACGGACCAAAAGAAAGUGAAGGUUUUAGACUCAAAGCUACAGUUUAUUCGCGAGUUUACCCCUUCGGUUGACGAUGCAGAGGGGCUAUCAGAAAGUGACCUUUCUGGUAUUGCUGUGGACAAGCAACGAGUAGCAGUGGCUGACAGGGGGAGAAAAGCCAUCAGUGUCCACAACUUAGACGGAUCGUUGAUUGCAAGCACAUCGAACAACUUGUUUGGGAAUUUCAUAGCAAUAAGCAACAAAGAGCGGCUGAGCUUCACAAAAUAUUAUAAAAAGAGUUUGCUAUGCAUUGACCUUAAGGGUGAUGAGAUGUUCAACGUAAUAACUUUACUGAAUGGGGAACCAGCGAAUCCGACUGGUGUCCUGUGCGAUGAUGAUGGGAGCUGA